UUUCUUUAUUUAAACAUUUUCAAAUAUCAUUCACUCCUCUCGUCUCCCCUUUCCCACUACAGUUUGGAACUCUCUUCUUCCCUCUCUGAAAACCUCAUUCAUGGUGGAUUCCUUCUCCUCUGAUUGCUCAAUUUCAGUCAAUUCUUUAACUAUAACAGUCUUUUCAACCUUCGAAUUCCGGCGAUACAGAGAUAAAUUUGUUCCUUGAAGUGCAAAAAUCGAUUACCUAUUCACUCUCUAGAGAGUAACGAGGAAAUAAGCGCUUCUGUUCUUCGAUUGUUCUACUGAAUUUGAUUUUAGUCUGUAGAGAUUUCCUUUUUGAUCGAAAAUCUUGCGUGGUUGUUUCCUGUGGACGGGUUUUUGCUCCGAACUUCCGUCGGGAUGAUUGCGAGCUCUCUUUGCAAUGCUUCUGCUAAAUUUCCGGCAGAAGUGAUGGAGGUAGAAACGAUGAUGGAACAUAAGAGAAGUCUAUGCUCUGUUGAUGAGAGCAGUCUCACUUCUCUUACAUCCAAGCGACACAAGACUGGUUUUUCUAUCUCCUCUAAGGAGAGGAAAGACAAACUGGGUGAACGAGUUUUGGCCUUGCAACAACUUGUUUCACCAUACGGAAAGACAGAUACGGCAUCUGUUCUUCUGGAGGCAAUGGAAUAUAUCCAGUUCCUUCAUAAGCAAGUCAAGGUGUUGAGUGCUCCAUAUCUUCAAAGCACACCCACUGUUCAGUUGCAGGAGCAGGAGCCAUGCAGCCACAGCCUGAGGAGCAGAGGUUUAUGUCUCGUUCCAAUCUCGUGUAUUGCCGGAGUUGCAAGCAGCAACGGUGCAGAUAUUUGGGCUCCUGUGAAGACAAUUUCCCCCAAAUUCGAGAACGCCAUCUCGCCAUUCGAUUGAGCAUAAAUCAACGCUCAGCAUCCAAAUGGUUCGGAAGUCGCUACAUACGGUUGGUAACAGGGGUAACUACUUAUCUUUAUAUCUAAUUUAUAACAAUUUUCCCUCUGGAAGUAGAUGAUUUUAUAUAUCAAAUACUUUAGCAUGGUGCUUGGAAAAAGAAUAGUCGAGUCUUCUGAAUCACCACACCAUUCUUGCUAACUGGUGAGGGGUAUAGUUUAUCGCUGUAGUAUUAGUGUAUUUGGUGUCUUAAAUGGUGGAAAUGUGUAUAAUAUUGUAAACGAAGUAUAUGAUGAUCCCAAUUCAGAAAUUCAUGGUAGAGUAGCAUUUGUUACCUGCCUAGCAAGUUAUGUU